AAAUGAGAAGCCGGAGAAACGGGUGGUUGGCAUUUUUGAAUUGUUUCAUUAUGCUGAUCAGGUGGAUGUCCUUUUGAUGAUAGUUGGUUUGAUCGCAGCUGCUGCAAAUGGUACUGGAUUGCCACUUAUGAUCAUUGUUUUUGGAGAGAUGACAAACAUCUUUGUGCUAAGCGGCAUGAAAUCAAAUGUGUCAGAAGAUACUUCAGUAAACAGUUCCAGCUGUCCAUCAGUUCCAGGCAUAGACAUAGAAAGUGAAAUGACAAAGUUUGCUUACUACUAUGUAGGAAUUGGCUUUGCUGUGCUGAUCCUGAGCACCAUCCAAGUGUGGACAUUUUUGAUUGCUGCUACGAGGCAAACAGCAAGGAUCCGGCAGAAAUUCUUUUUUGCAGUGCUUCAUCAGGAGAUGGCUUGGUUUGAUACUACCCAGAUAGGAACGCUGAACACCAGACUGACAGAUGACAUCAACACCAUCCACGAAGGCAUCGGAGACAAGAUCUGUAUAUUUGUACAGUUUUUUGCCACAUUUCUGGCAGGGAUUAUUAUAGGAUUCAUCUACGGGUGGAAGCUGACACUGGUGAUUUUGUCAGUCAGCCCUCUGCUUGCUGCAUCAGCAGCAGUUUGGUCAACUCUCCUGUCAUCCCUUACUGCUAAAGAGCUGUCUGCUUAUGCCGAAGCAGGAGCUGUGGCAGAAGAAAUUUUGACAGCAAUCAGGACUGUUGUGGCUUUCAAUGGACAGCAGAAGGCACUAGCAAAAUAUGAUGCUAACUUAGAGAUAGCUAGAAGUGUUGGAGUGAAAAAAUCCAUUACCACCAACACAUCUCUAGGUGUUUCACAAUUUCUUAUCUUCGGAUCCUAUGCACUUGCAUUUUGGUAUGGAACCAAGCUCACUGCUGAGGAAGAAAAUUAUGACAUUGGCCGUGUGUUAAUUGUGUUUUUCUCUGUGUUUAUCGGAACCUUCUCCCUGGGCCAGGCGGCUCCCAACUUGGAGAGUGUGGCUAAUGCACGCGGGGCUGCCUAUGAAGUAUAUCGGAUUAUCAAUAAGAAACGACUCAUAGAUAGCAGUUCUCAGGACGGCUACAAACCAGACAAACUCAUAGGAGAAAUUGAAUUCAGAAACAUCCAUUUCAGUUACCCAUCCAGACCUGAUGUUAAAGUCCUCAAGGGUCUAAACUUGAAAGUUCAAACUGGGAAGACCAUUGCUUUAGUUGGUGCCAGUGGCUGUGGAAAAAGCACUACUAUUCAGUUGCUGCAGAGAUUCUACGAUCCUGUCCAGGGAGAAAUUACCUUGGAUGGUCAGGAUAUUCGGACACUUAAUGUAAAGUGGCUACGAGAAAACAUUGGUAUUGUGAGCCAGGAGCCUGUUUUGUUUGCAACAACAAUAGCUGAGAACAUUCGCUAUGGCCGAGAAGAUAUUUCUGAUGUUGAAAUUGAGCAAGCAGCCAAGGAAGCCAAUGCUUUUGACUUUAUAUCUAGACUGCCUGAUAAAUUUAACACCAUGGUAGGGGAAAGAGGGGCUCAGCUGAGUGGAGGACAGAAGCAGAGAAUAGCUAUUGCCCGUGCCCUGGCAAGAAAUCCCAAGAUUCUUCUUCUGGAUGAAGCUACGUCUGCACUAGAUACUCAGAGUGAAUCCAUAGUGCAAGCAGCUCUUGAUAAGGCUCGGACUGGACGUACCACCAUUGUGGUUGCUCACAGACUAUCUACCAUCAGGACUGCUGACACCAUUGCUGGAUUUGAGAAAGGCGUUGUGGUUGAACAAGGAACACAUGGUGAACUCAUGUUGCAGAAGGGAGUCUAUUAUUCUCUUGUAAUGCAGCAGGGUCAUAGUAAUUAUGUUCAAGAUGAUGGGACAUCAGAAGGAAGUGAAGACACAGGGGCUGAGGAAUAUGAGGAAAAUGACAUAAAUGAUUUUGUGGAGGAGCUGACUCUUCAAGAUCAUUUUGAAGAAUCGGUGAUCUCUGGGAGAGGCAGCAUUCGAAGAAGAUCCAGCAGAUAUAAGAGCAAGAGACGCUCUUCUAAGAAAAAGUCCUCUGGGAAAAAGAAAAAAAUAGAGCUGGAGGAAGAAAAUCUCCCUGCUGUGCCUUACUCAAGAAUUCUGGCUCUGAACAAACCUGAGUGGCUGUAUGUACUGCUGGGAAUGAUUGCUGCUGCCAUCUCAGGUGGGGUCCAUCCUGCAUUCGCUGUUAUAUUUGGAAAAAUCAUUGGGGCUUUUCAAGAAACAGAUCCAGAGAAGAGGAAUAAAAACACUUUGGUGCUUUCUUUAAUGUUUCUUUUGCUUGGAGUGAUUAUUUUAGCAACACACCUAAUCCAAGAGGUUGGAUGGUACGAUGAUCAGAAAAAUGCUGUUGGUGUUCUGCUAACUCGGCUUGCUACAGAUGCUUCCCAAGUCAAAGGGGCAACUGGAAGCCGACUUGGACUGAUGACUAUGACUGUCUUUACCCUUCUGACUGCCAUCAUCAUUGCUUUUGUAUAUGGCUGGCAGUUAACUUUGCUUAUCCUGGCCUGCAUUCCUUUCAUUAUUGCUACAAAUGCUGCGAGUGUUAGGUCUGUGUCUGGUCAUGCCGCAAAAGAUCAAAAAGCUUUGGAAGAGGCUGGAAGAAUUUCAACAGAAUCAGUUGAAAACAUAAGAACUGUAGCUUCACUGACCAGGGAAGAUGCAUUUUAUGAAAGAUACAUUGCUAGUCUGAAUGGUCCAUAUAGAGAUUCUCUAAGAAAAUCCCCUUUCUAUGGACUUACCUAUGGACUAGCUCAGUGUGCAAACUACUUUAUUGAUGCGGCAGUCUUCAGAUUUGGGGCAUGGCUCAUUGCCCAUUGUCUGAGCAACUUUGAAAAUGUAUUUAUAGUCUUCUCUUCCAUCAUAUUUGCAGCUAUGAAUGUUGGUCAGUCUGCUUCUCUGGCACCAGAUUAUGGCAAAGCUAGACUGUCAGCUCAAAGAAUCUUUCAACUUUUGGACAGAAAACCUGUCAUUGACAGUUACAGUGAAGAAGGUGAAAAAUUGAGCAAUUUUGAAGGCAACAUUGAAUUCAGAAAGAUCCAUUUUGUAUAUCCAACAAGACCAGAAGUUCAAGUUUUGCAAGGACUCAACUUGAAGGUUAACAAAGGACAGACUCUGGCAUUAGUAGGAAGCAGCGGCUGUGGCAAAAGCACAUCCAUUCAGCUCUUGGAGAGAUUUUAUGAUCCUGUGGAAGGACAAGUGUUAGCAGAUGGAAUUGAUACUAGAUCUUUGCAUUUACAAUGGCUGAGGUCCAGAAUGGGCCUGGUGUCACAGGAGCCCGUUUUGUUUGACUGCAGCAUUGCUGAAAAUAUUCGAUAUGGAGACAACAGUAGGGUGGUUAGUCAGGAGGAAAUUGAAGAAGCAGCUAAAGCAGCAAAUAUUCAUACCUUCAUUGAAAAACUGCCAGAGAAAUAUAAUACCCGGGUGGGUGAGAAAGGAACACAACUUUCUGGAGGUCAAAAACAAAGAAUAGCUAUUGCCCGUGCUCUGGUUCGUAAUCCUGCCAUUCUGCUUUUGGAUGAAGCUACCUCUGCUCUUGACACAGAAAGUGAACAGAUCGUCCAGAAAGCUCUGGAUAACGCCCGGCAAGGUCGAACCUGCAUCGUCGUUGCUCACCGCCUGAUGACCAUACAGACUGCAGACAUCAUUGCAGUCAUCCAGAACGGCAGGGUGGUAGAGCAGGGCACCCACAGCCAGUUACUGGCAAAGGAAGGACACUACUAUGCCCUUGUAAAUGCACAAGUUUCUAAUAAGUAAUUUGCAGAUUUUUGUUUUUUGUUUUUUCUGGGAAGAUAUGAAAAUCCUACAGAGCAUGAACAUUGGCUGUGUCUGUGUUGAUGGAGCAGGGACCAUGUGUUGCAGCCUGGUUGCUGUACUCAGUGCAGCCCUUGCCCCACACACCCGUGGGGUUGAGCGGUGCAUGCCCUGGGGUGGGUCGUGGAAGGUGCACAGGGGAGUCCCAGGAGCUGAAUCUGCUGGGCAGUUGUGGGGAUUCUGUGAUCUGGAGGGAGCCAGACCUGCAGUAGUCUCACCUACACCAUGGCUUAGGUGGGGCACCCUGGUCUCACUGUCCCCCCCAAGCCCUGGCCCAUACCAGGUGCCAUAGACCAAGGCAGUACCAGAGCAUGACAGUGAUUAAGCAUCAUGGAUAAGCAGUGAGCUGGUCCUUGUGCUUGCCCCUUGGGUUUCUUCACCAAAUAGACACAGCCAUAAAGUCUUCUUAAUUAAAGAUGACUCUCAAUUCUUACUGAUUGCUGAGAUUCCAAAUAAAGAGAUUUGUAUUAAAGAGAAGGGGUUGGAUGUGUGGGUUAGUUGGGUCUUUUCCCCCACUUUAUGCCACAUUUCUAAUAUUACUGUGCUUCACACAUUUCUUGGAGAUUCAAUAUUCUAUUUUGGGCGAUAAUUGUAAUAGCUACAAGAUUUCCAUAUAGAGAUAAACUGACAUCAAAUAUACCAUUGUUUUGUUUAGUAUUUUUCAAUUGCUGACCUAACAGAGUUUAAUCAUUCUUUGCAUCCAUCAGGAUAAUUUCAAAAGUCUUGUGGGGGAGUUAGGAUGAUUUGUUUUGGACUGGACUCAUGUCAGCCAUGUAAAUAGCUUUUCUUUUUUAAAAACAAACAAACAAACAAACUUAAAAAGUGGUUUUCAACAUGAGAUCCUUUAUUUUUAAUAGAUGUGGUACUUAGGGACAUGGUUUAGUGGUGGACUUGAUACUGUUAGGUUAACAGUUGGACUUGAUGAUCCUAAUGGUCUUUUCCAAUCUAAAUGAUUCUAUGAAUAAUUUUAAAGAUUUUUUGAAGUGUUGGCAAAACUUGUUUAUACAUGUGCUUAAAUAAUUGGUUAUUCCUCUGAUAUAUUCCUCAGGGUGCUGCAAUACAUCUUUCAACAGCUGAAGAAUAUGUACUCUGUAGUCGGAGUGACUCAGCAGCUGUUUUUUUUGGCUGGUUAAACCCAAUUGCAGCAUUUUAAUUUUCCAAGGCUUUGCACGUGGCUUUGGGUUAGGAUUUAUGGCCUGGAGCAACCUGCAAUACUUUAUAAUUUCCAGAUAACUCUGCUCAACUGUAGCAGAAAAAAACUUAUAGUAAUGACUAUCUCCUUUGCUCAUUUCAAUUGUUUUCCGGCAUCAGGAUCCAUGAGGGGAAUAAAAUGCACAAAAGAAAACAAAUUCUGGUCUCAGCUUUGCCAAAAUAAAUACAUUCACUCUCCCUCACACAGUUUUUCUCAGGAACUGUUACAGAAGGAGUUAUCAGGCACCCCUCUUGUGUGACCUCUUCACUUUCUCAUGAUAGGCAGAUACUGCAGGAGCUGCUGCACUUAUUACAUUCCCCAUUAUCUAAUGCGGGCUCAAAUUUAUUCCCUUUCCCUUGGUUUGUCUCUGUAAUGGAGUUAAAAUUACACGCAGUAGAGUCUGAUUCUCAGUUUUGAAAAUAAAAUAUCUUCCUUCUUAAUCCAGAAAUCUUUUGGGGAAAGAAAGAGUUAUUUUGUACUUUUGUG